UCCCUCCUUCCCUCCCCUCCCCGUCACGCUCCUCCUCUCCCCCGGCCGCGCCGAUCACGCGAGCCCCCGGCUUCACCCGAGGCCUACCCGCCCCUCCGACCAUGGCGCGGCCGUCCGUGCCCAGCUCGCAGAAGGCGCUGCUGCUGGAGCUGAAGGGGCUCCAGGAGGAGCCUGUGGAGGGUUUCCGCGUCAGCCUGGUGGACGAGGGGGACCUCUACAACUGGGAGGUGGCCAUCUUCGGGCCCCCCAACACCCACUACGAGGGAGGCUACUUCAAGGCUCGUCUCCGAUUCCCUAUCGACUACCCUUAUUCACCACCCACCUUCCGGUUCCUGACCAAAAUGUGGCAUCCAAACAUAUACGAGACCGGAGACGUUUGCAUUUCCAUUCUUCACCCUCCGGUGGAUGACCCGCAGAGUGGAGAGCUGCCUUCGGAAAGAUGGAAUCCCACUCAGAACGUGAGGACGAUUCUCCUCAGCGUGAUCUCGCUGCUCAACGAACCAAACACGUUCUCUCCGGCCAACGUCGACGCUUCCGUAAUGUACAGGAAGUGGAAGGAGAGCAAAGGCAAGGAUCAGGAGUACACGGACAUCAUCAGGAAGCAGGUCCUCGGAACCAAGGUGGACGCCGAGCGCGACCAAGUCAAGGUCCCGACGACACUGGCGGAGUAUUGCGUCAAGACCAAGACUCCCGCACCGGACGAGGGCUCGGACCUCUUCUACGACGACUACUACGAGGACGACGAGAUGGACGACGAGGUCAACAGCUGCUACGGCGACGAAGACGAUUCCGGCAACGAGGAGUCUUGACGAGGGACACCUCCCCCCCCCUCCCCGCCAUUCUCGUCAACCCCUCUUUUUUCUCCGCACCCCCUCUCUGCCCCCUUCCCCUCCACCGCUGCCUCCUGCUGCUGCUCCCAAUAGUAGCAAUAAACUAUCUGACUCUUUUACUUGAACCCAGUUCGCCACCCGGCUGAGACUCGGAAACAAAGCAAAAAAAACAAAAACAAAAAACCCUCUCUGGCCCUCAGACAUGAAACAGAAAGAAAGGAAAAACUCUACCUCAAAAGGGAGACUCUGCUUCUGCUGGAAUUGGGGGUGGGGGUGGGGGUGGGGUGGGGUUGCCUGUGUGCAGGGAGGGUUGGCAAAUCUACAAUUUGGCUUAAAAUGCUGUGUGUGGUUUUUUUGUGUGUGUCGUCGGUUUGUUUGUUUUUUAAAAGAAGAAGCUGGGAGGACAGGAGAGGGGAGAGUGUGUUCGUUCCCACCAAGCCGUGGCCUAAUCCAGCGGCAUCUUCUGCUCCCAGUUAAGAAAGACUGCAAAAAAA